AUGAACAUGUUGCGAGUCGAAGAGGAAUAUGUUCAACAGGUUUAUUCCCGUUUGGCUGCUUACUCGAACACGAAAGAAGCGAAACCGACAUCACCGAGAGUUUGGCCAAGGAUUCGUCAAUUCCUUGAAGAGUUAAACAAAGGCUCUGUGGUCGUUGAUAUCGGGUGUGGAGAGGGAAAAUAUCGUAUCCCUGGGGGUGUCAUUUUGGGCGUUGACACAUGUGCCGAUCUCUUGGUGAAGGUUCCACGAAAUGGCGGUGUCGACUAUAUUUUAGCGGAUGGACUUGAGCUACCAUUCAGGCGAGCUUCUGCUGAUGCGGCUCUUUGUGUCUCGGUGUUACAUCAUUUUUCCACUGAAUUGAGACGUCGUGAUGCCAUGCAACAACUAGCAAAUGUGCUUAGGCCUGGCGGGAAAGCGCUUGUUUACGUGUGGGCUUUCGAACAACCGAAUGGUACAUUUCCGUCUCAGGACGUGCUCGUGCCAUGGAAUCUUCACGAAACUGCGUUGAAUGGCAGACUGCCAAAAGUGAAAUUUCACAAAGAAUCCACAAAAGAGCAAAGGAUUAUCCAGUCGUCGAUUGCCGUGGAAAUCGUGAAUGAUGAGGCAGCUUCGUGUCCUUCUCCCUCGUGGUUUUCGUCUUUUGUUGAAAGAUUUCGUUUACUACGUAAACCAUCGCUUGAUUUACCCCCAGCUGCUCCUAGCUUUAACCCAACACCACGAAGCUCGUCAACUAUUUUAACCGGUAUCCGAAAAUGGAGUCCAAUGCUUGGUAAACGGCUUGCAUCAUUGUUGAUCCCGGUUGAGGAGCAAUUGGCUGAUGAAAUGACUCAAGAUAUUAUGCAAACAGCCCUUCAAGAAGCAUUGGCUACUUUAAGAAAAGUGACUUUUUAUCGAUUCUAUCAUGUGUUCAAAAAGGGUGAACUCGAGGCUUUGAUCUCGUCGAUUCCUCAGUUAAAAGUUCUCUCCUCGCAAUUCGAACAUGGAAACUGGUGUAUUCUCGCAGAAAAAGUUCCCGAUGCAUCAAAGUUACGAGUUAUC